CCAGCAGCACUCUUAUAAGUAUGCAUGUUCAGGAUACAAGUCCCAGGUCAUCUCCAGACCGAGGAUCAUUUACAACCCUCAUUUCUGUAGACUCUUGGACUUCUACUCCAUCCAGACCAAACCAUCAAGAGUACUCCUAUCUCUCAUCUGACACUGCUGAAGAAUCCGCUGCCAUGUUUCAGCUCUGGAGCAAUGAGAUAGCUGCAAACCCAGGCAUGGGCUCUCACAAUGUGACAUUUGAAGUUCCUAAAGUACAAUAUUCUGGACACAUGCAAGCUAUAGGUUCCAAUGAGCUCCCACUAACUCCUCCAGCGGAUCCAACUGUUUAUUCUUUUGAUUUGUCCCCCGUUAAGGUGCUGGCUCCACAGAUGGGGUCUAAUACUACAUACCACUUUCAGGACCCAAAUACUGUGGCUCAGGAAUUCUCAGGUUUUAUGCAAGGUCCAGCCACCUUUACACAAAGGCACUUGACCUCUGCACACAUGGAAGACCAAACAUGGUGGAGUUUACAGCAGGUAAAUCCUAAUAAUAUUCAUUCUUUCCAUUUGGCGAGUCCAUUGGUGGUAGGGCCACAGCCCCAGCUUGCAGCACUUCUCCAGAGCACCUCGAAAACACUACUAGGACCAACCAGGCGCUGUAGAAGAUGUAAGUGCCCAAAUUGCCAGGAUGGCUCUAACCAUGAAGAACCUGGGCAAAAGAAGCUUCAUGUUUGCCAUCUUCCUGGCUGUGGGAAGCUCUAUGGAAAGACCUCUCACCUGAAAGCCCACUUGCGUUGGCAUGCUGGGGAGAGACCUUUUGUUUGCAACUGGGUUUUCUGUGGAAAGAGUUUCACCAGGUCUGAUGAAUUACAAAGGCAUCUACGGACGCAUACAGGAGAGAAGCGUUUUGGCUGCCAAGAAUGUGGGAAGAGGUUUAUGAGGAGUGACCACCUUUCAAAACAUACCAAAACUCACCAGAACAAAAAACUGAAAUGUCCAGCACCUUCCCUUGAAAACAUUAAACAAGAGUAAACUUGCUUCAAAAUAUACACUUCAAACCUUGACUUUUCAAGCAGAGCUAAACUCUAAUGAACACUUUAAUUUGGUUAUUUAUAAAAUAUAAUAAGUUGGGACAUUAACUUGCUUUCUGAAUUUGGAGGAAAUCGUAUUAUCUAUAAGUGUCCUGCCCCGCUCCAUCAUUGUCAGUAGUUAACCAUUUUAUAACAUAAGAGUUUUCCUUACCUCUCCUGAGCUGGGCUUAACUCACACAGAACAUCUGGCUCGAUGCUGGCUGCAGUGGAGGUGGGAAGCAGUA